GGAAGGGGGAAGCGACGACCUGCCCGCCUGCCUGGAGUCCCGGGAACUGCGGCGACGGCGGCCGCGGGAGCAGAGCCGGCCAUGGCGGUGUGGACGCGGGCCACCAAAGCGGGGCUGCUGGAGCUGCUCCUGCGGGAGCGCUGGGUCCGGGUGGUGGCCGAGCUGAGCGGGGAGAGCCUGAGCCUGACAGGCGACGCCGCGGCAGUGGAGCCCGAGCCGGCUAUGGGGCUGCCCGCCGCCUUCAACGGCCUCCCGAACGGCGGCGGCGGCGGCGGAGACUCGCUGCCAGGGAGCCCGAGCCGCGGCCUGGGGCCACCCAGCCCGCCCGCGCCCCCGCGGGGCCCCGCCGGGGAGGCGGGUGCGUCGCCGCCGGUGCGCCGAGUGCGAGUGGUGAAGCAGGAGGCGGGCGGCCUGGGCAUCAGCAUCAAGGGCGGCCGCGAGAACCGGAUGCCGAUCCUCAUCUCCAAGAUCUUCCCGGGGCUGGCGGCCGACCAGAGCCGGGCGCUGCGGCUGGGCGACGCCAUCCUGUCGGUGAACGGCACCGACCUGCGCCAGGCCACCCACGACCAGGCCGUGCAGGCGCUGAAGCGCGCGGGCAAGGAGGUGCUGUUGGAGGUCAAGUUCAUCCGAGAAGUAACACCAUAUAUCAAGAAGCCAUCUUUAGUGUCAGAUCUGCCAUGGGAAGGUGCAGCUCCUCAGUCACCAAGCUUUAGUGGCAGCGAGGAUUCUGGUUCUCCAAAGCACCAGAACAGCUCCAAGGACAGGAAGGUCAUCCCUCUCAAAAUGUGCUUUGCUGCUAGAAACCUAAGCAUGCCAGAUCUGGAAAACAGAUUGAUAGAGCUGCAUUCUCCUGAUAGCAGGAACACCUUGAUCUUACGCUGCAAGGAUACAGCCACAGCGCACUCCUGGUUUGUAGCUAUCCACACCAACAUAAUGGCUCUCCUCCCACAGGUGUUGGCUGAACUCAAUGCCAUGCUUGGUGCAACGAGUACAGCAGGAGGCAGCAAGGAAGUCAAGCAUAUUGCAUGGCUGGCAGAGCAGGCAAAGCUAGAUGGUGGAAGACAGCAGUGGAGACCUGUUCUCAUGGCUGUGACUGAGAAGGACUUGCUGCUUUAUGACUGUAUGCCGUGGACAAGAGAUGCCUGGGCAUCACCGUGUCACAGCUACCCACUUGUUGCCACAAGGUUGGUUCAUUCUGGUUCUGGAUGUCGGUCACCCUCCCUUGGAUCUGACCUUACCUUUGCUACCAGGACGGGCUCCCGGCAGGGCAUUGAGAUGCAUCUCUUCAGGGUUGAGACACAUCGGGAUCUGUCAGCCUGGACCAGGACACUUGUUCAGGGUUGCCAUGCUGCUGCUGAGCUGAUCAAGGAAGUCUCCUUAGGCUGCACUUUAAGUGGCCAAGAGGUAAGAUUCACUGUCCACUAUGAAAAUGGGUUCACUAUCUCCAGGGACAAUGGAGGCUCCAGCAGUGUAUUAUACCGCUAUCCCUUUGAACGGCUGAAGAUGUCUGCUGACGAUGGCAUCAGAAAUCUCUAUCUGGAUUUUGGUGGUCCUGAGGGAGAACUGACUAUGGACCUGCACUCCUGUCCAAAGCCUAUUGUAUUUGUGUUGCACACGUUCUUGUCUGCCAAAGUCACUCGCAUGGGACUGCUUGUAUGAGCAGCAAAAAAUUCAAGAGCUUUGACUGUCACAAGAAGUAUUUCCACCUUGAGGACACAAAAGCAGCAACAAAAAAGAAGCACAAGAAGAAAGCUCUUUGCUCUCCUCCUGCAUAGUGCCUUGCCGAGGACCUGCAGAUCAUGCCGAACAUAACAGGGUUUAAAGAAGAGCUGACCUCUCCCACGUUACCUUGACCAGAAAUGCCAGAACUCUGAUAAGCUCCAAAUUGAAGCUGUUGGUUUAUUGCCUCAUUUCAUAAUGUGACUCUAAGUAAUUAGGUUCAUUUCCCGUUAGAAAGGACGGCUCUUUGGUUUUCUUUUUGGACAUAACCAAAUAGCCAGAAAGGUUUCUGCUUGUCUUCCUAUAGGAUUAUUUGGGGCUAGCCUUGAUCUCUUACUUAGGGUGACUGUCCCUCCCCAGGUGCUAUGUGCAGCAACCCAGUCCUUGUGCUUUCCGGAUAGGGCUUGCUGUUUUCACCUGCUCCUUCUGCCCUUGGGAGUCCCUGCACUGCAUCACCAAAGCCUUCCUCCAUCGCCCUGCUACACUGACCCCACUGCCCAUCACUACCCGCCCUCUAGCACCAGCUUUGCCAUUCAUAAGUGCUAACUGUGGGACUCAGAGCUCAUAAAAUUUUAUUUGCCUUGCCUUUCAUUCCCUUUCUAGUGGUGACCAAGUUGGAAACCACUGCUUUCAAGGAAGAGUUUUGUUUAUUUUAAGUUUUAAUGAAUUUAGUAGGAGCCAGGGGAUGAUCUAAGGUUUAUUUUGGAAAAAAAAAAAAAAAGUCCUCAUUUUGAACUAAGCCAUUUUUCUUGCUUACCAAAUGUGCCUUUGGUUAGGGUCAGUGGCGCUUUAUUAGCCACUCUGAAGACUGGAUCUCACUGCCAUUCCAGGGAUACCAUCUAGCAUUGAGAAGCUGUCCUGGAGGUGAGCUCUUUAAUGACAUCUAGCGGAUGGAUCUCUUUAGGAAAGAUAAAGAAGAGCCCCUUACUUGAAGAGGAGACUUUGUGGGUGGUUAGCUUUGCAGCACACACAGCACCAUGUCAAGUCUUGUUGAGCACCAUGAACCCAGACAGGAUCCUGGUCCUGGCUCUCCUCUUUUGUGGCCCUAAAGUAGGGGCAAGUCACUGACAGCUCAAGGUUCAACAUUGGCUUCCCAAUACACCCUGUAGUGGGCAGGAUCAUGAGACCAUGACAACUGUGUUUUGUUCACACGGCCAGCUGUCAUAAGGUCACUGCAGCAGUAAGAGUUCUGAUUUUGUGGUCCUGGAGAAUCACAUUCAGCUUGUUUUGCCUAAUUUUUGAAGAAAGUAUAUAUGUCAGAAAACAUUUGAAAUAGUAUAUCUACGUAAAUCAUCAAGAGUAGCACAAUCCUUGAAUCUGAACAAAAGGAAAUGUUAACUCAGAUGUUCUUUAUGAAAAAAAAUGUCUAGAAAUAGUUCUCAUUCUCUAAUUUUAUCUGGAGUCUAUGUGAGGGCACUGCAAUGGGCGGUGCUUCAAAUCCUGGGGUCGAAAAGGAAAAACAACUGUCCAUGCAGAAUCUGAGCUGUUCAGCUUGACUGUCCUGACUGACAGGUUGGCCAGAGAAAAGAGCAGAUGCCCAGGCAGAUGCAAUAACCCCACUGUCCUCAUGCCUGUCAGGCUUCCUUCUUCUCCCCAGUCAGACUAACCAUAUACGGAGGCUGGGGAGGGAUAUCUGUCCUUCCUCCAGCUGCAAAUAAGUGUUGAAGCACAAAAAAAAAAAAAAGGAAUUUUGGGAUCCACUUAAAA